AUGGGGGAUGUGAAGCUGGCCGCCCAGACACGCGUUUCCAAAACCUCCCUCACUAUGGAUCACUCAAGAGUCAGCUCCAUGCCCCUGACUGAGGCCCCUGCUUUCACUUUGCCCCCUCGGAACCUCUGCAUCAAGGAAGGAGCCACUGCCAAGUUUGAAGGGAGGGUCCGGGGCUACCCAGAGCCCCAAGUAACAUGGCACAGAAAUGGACAACCCAUCACCAGUGGGGGCCGCUUCCUGCUGGACUGUGGUACCCGGGGGACUUUCAGCCUUUUGAUUCAUGCUGUGCUUGACGAGGACAAGGGAAAGUAUACCUGUGAAGCCACCAAUGGCAGUGGUGCCCGCCAGGUGACGGUGGAGUUGACGGUAGAAGGGAGCUCUGUGAAGAAGCCUGGUCAGCCUGUUGUUUCCAAAGCCUUGGGGGACAGAUUUGCAGUCCCUGCUGUGGAGACCCGUCCUAGCAUCUGGGGAGAAUGUCCACCAAAAUUUGCUACCAAGCUGGGCCGAGCGGUGGUCAGAGAAGGACAGAUGGGGCGGUUCUCCUGCAAGAUCACUGGCCGACCCCAGCCACAGGUCACCUGGCUCAAGGGAGACAUUCCCCUGCAGCCCAGUGCCCGUGUGUCUAUGUCCGAGAAGAAUGGGAUGCAAGUCCUGGAAAUCCAUGAGGUCACCCGAGAUGAUGUGGGAGUGUACACGUGCAUGGUGGUGAAUGGGUCAGGGAAGGCCUCCAUGUCUGCUGAGCUUUCCAUCCAAGGUUUGGACAAUUCCAGUAGGUCACUUGUGAGAGGAACAAAGGUGGCCGGUACGGACAUCAGGAAGGAAGUGACCAAUGGAGUUACUCAGGGGCCCAAACCAGACAGCCUGGAGGCUGCUGCCGAGAGCAAGAACUGCCCCAGCACCCAGCGAGGCAGCUCCCCGACCUGGGCCACAGGGAGCCCGUCUCAGCCCCCCAGGGAAUCUGAGCUGGAGCCAGUGGGGGACUCCCCCAGAAAGGGCCAGAGGACCCCCAUCCUGCAGAAGACCUCCAGCACCAUCACCCUGCAGGCGGCAAAAGUCCAGCUAGAGCCCAGAGUACCAGUCCUGGGAACCCCCUGUCCUUCCAGAGAAGAGAGGGAGGGGCCAACUGCAGCCCCUCCAGACACCCUCCCCACCAGGAGGUCAGGCCUGGGAAGCCAAGACACUGCGGGCAAGGUCGCUACGAGGAAGGUCUCCAUGGAGAGCCAGAGAGACACCAUGUUUCCCAAAUUUGAGAGCAGACCCCAGAGCCAGGAGGUCAGUGAAGAUCAGCCAGUCGAGUUCAGAUGCGAGGUUUCAGGGAUCCCAAAACCUGAUGUGACCUGGUUCCUGGACGGUGUCCCCGUGAGGAGUCAAGAGGGCACCAUCGAGGUUUAUGAAGCUGGGGGGGCCCAUUACCUCUGCCUGCGGAGAGCCCGGGCCCGGGACAGCGGGAACUACAGCUGCACAGCCGCCAACGUCCGAGGCCAGGUGUCCUGUCGCUGGACCCUCCUGGUGAAAAAGCCAGCCGUGAUGGAGGUGGCCCCUUCAUUCUCCAGUGCCCUGAGGGACUGCACCGUCGUUGAGGGCCAGGACUUUGUGCUGCGAUGCUUAGUACAGGGGACCCCAGUGCCUCGAAUCACUUGGCUGCUCAAUGGACAGCCCAUCCAGUAUGCCCGCUCCACCUGCGAGGCUGGCGUGGCCGAGCUCCACAUCCAGGACACCCUCCCGGAGGACGAUGGCACCUACACCUGUCUGGCUGAGAACACCAUGGGGCAGGUGUCCUGCAGCGCCCGCGUCACUGUCCAGGAGAAGAAGAGUGAGGAGAAGAGUGAGUACCUCCUGCCUGCGGCUCCCAACAAGCCCGUCGCACCCCUCUUCCUGCAGGGCCUCUCUGAUCUCCAAGUCAUGGACGGGAGCCAGGUCACCAUGACAGUCCAGGUGUCAGGGAACCCGCCCCCAGAGGUCAUCUGGCUUCACGAUGGGAAUGAGAUCCAGGAGUCCGAGGACUUCCACUUUGAACAGAGAGGCACUCAGCACAGCCUGUGUAUCCAGGAAGUGUUCCCGGAGGACACGGGCACUUACACCUGUGAGGCCUGGAACAGCGCUGGAGAGGUCCGCACACAGGCCGUGCUCACUGUGCAAGAGCCGCAGGAUGGCACCCAGCCCUGGUUCAUCAGCAAGCCCCGCUCAGUGACUGCCUGCCUGGGCCAGAGUGUCCUUAUCUCCUGUGCCAUAGCCGGUGACCCCUUCCCCACUGUGCACUGGCUCCGAGAUGGCAAAGCCCUCUCCAGAGACACUGGCCACUUUGAGGUGCUACAGAAUGAGGACGUGUUCACCCUGGUGCUGAAAAAUGUGCAGCCCUGGCACGCCGGCCAGUAUGAGAUCCUGCUCAAGAACCGUGUUGGUCAAUGCAGUUGCCAGGUGUCCCUGAUGCUACAGAGCAGCCCGGCCAGAGCGGUCCUGCGGGGGAGGGAGCCUGCCAGCUGCGAGGGCCUCUGUGGCCGAGGAGCUGGUGCUGAUGGUGGCGGUGGUGGUGCCAGCUACGGGAGCCUGAGCCCUGGCUGGCCGGCGGCGAGAGGGCAGGGUGCCCCCGCGGAAGACGACGGCGAGGACGUGCGUGGGGUGCUCAAGAGGCGCGUGGAGACACGGCAGCACACAGAGGAGGCCGUUCGCCAGCAGGAGGUGGAGCAGCUGGACUUCCGUGACCUCCUGGGCAAGAAGGUGAGCACGAAGACCUUGUCUGAAGAGGACCUGAAGGAGAUCCCAGCUGAGCAGAUGGAUUUCCGUGCCAACCUGCAGCGGCAAGUGAAGCCAAAGACCCUGUCAGAGGAGGAAAGGAAGGUGCAUGGCCCCCAGCAGGUGGACUUCCGCUCUGUCCUGGCCAAGAAGGGGACUCCCAAGACCCCUGUGCCUGAGAAGGUACCCCCUCCAAAACCUGCCACCCCAGAUUUUCGCUCGGUGUUGGGCAGUAAGAAAAAAUUACCAACAGAGAAUGGUAGCGAUAACACUGAGGCCUUGAAUGCCAAGGCAGCAGAAGGUCCCAAGCCUGUGGGCAAUGCCCAACCUUCAGGGUUCCUGAAACCCACCCCCAAAUCUGUGGGCAACACCAAGCCAGCUGAGACCCCUAAACCCUUGGAUAACGCCAAGCCAGCUGAGGCCCCCAAACACUUGGGCAAUGCCAAGCCAGCUGAAAUCCCAAAAUCCACUGGGAAAGAAGAACUUAAGAAGGAGGUUAAGAAUGAUGUGAACUGCAAGAAGGGCCAUGCAGGGGCCACAGAUAGUGAAAAGAGACCAGAGAACCAAGGGACAGCCCCGACCUUCAAGGAGAAGCUGCGAGAUCUCCGUGUGGCAGAGGGUCAGAAGCUGCUGCUCCUGUGCCAAGUGUCCUCUGACCCCCCGGCCACCAUCACCUGGACACUGAAUGGAAAGACGCUCAAGACCACCAAGUUCAUCGUCCUCUCCCAAGAAGGUUCCUUGUGCUCCGUCUCCAUCGAGAAGGCACUGCCCGAGGACAGAGGCUUAUACAAGUGUAUAGCCAAGAACAGUGCCGGUCAGGCUGAGUGCUCCUGCCAAGUCACCGUGGACGAUGCCCCCGCUAGCGAGAAUGCCAAGGCCCCGGAGAUGAAAGCCCGGAGGCCAAAGAGCUCUCUUCCUCCAGUGCUGGGAACAGAGAGUGAUGCAACUGUGAAAAAGAAGCCUGCCCCCAAGACACCUCCGAAGGCAGCCAUGCCGCCUCAGAUCAUCCAGUUUCCUGAGGACCAGAAGGUGCGAGCAGGAGAGUCUGUGGAGCUGUUUGGUAAGGUGACCGGCACCCAGCCCAUCACCUGCACCUGGAUGAAGUUCCGAAAGCAGAUCCAGGACAGUGAGCACAUCAAGGUGGAGAACAGCGAGCAGGGCAGCAAGCUCACCAUCCGGGCGGCGCGCCAGGAGCACUGUGGCUGCUACACCCUGCUGGUGGAGAACAAACUGGGCAGCAGGCAGGCCCAGGUCAACCUCACUGUGGUGGACAAGCCAGACCCCCCAGCCGGCACGCCUUGUGCCUCUGACAUCCGAAGUUCCUCACUGACCUUGUCCUGGUAUGGCUCCUCGUAUGAUGGGGGCAGCGCCGUACAGUCAUACAGUGUCGAGAUCUGGGACUCAGUGGACAAGACGUGGAAGGAACUAGCCACAUGCCGCAGCACUUCUUUCAACGUUCAAGACCUGCUGCCUGACCGAGAGUAUAAAUUCCGUGUGCGUGCAAUCAAUGUCUAUGGAACCAGUGAGCCAAGCCAGGAGUCUGAACUCACAGCCUUGGGAGAGAAACCUGAAGAAGAGCCGAAGGACGAAGUGGAGGUGUCAGAUGAUGAUGAGAAGGAGCCUGAGGUCGACUACCGGACCGUCACGGUCAAUACCGAGCAGAAAGUGUCCGACUUCUACGACAUCGAAGAGAGACUAGGAUCUGGGAAAUUUGGACAGGUCUUUCGACUUGUAGAAAAGAAAACUGGAAAAAUCUGGGCAGGGAAAUUCUUCAAGGCAUAUUCGGCCAAAGAGAAAGAGAACAUCCGGCAGGAGAUCAGCAUCAUGAACUGCCUGCACCACCCCAAGCUGGUCCAGUGCGUGGACGCCUUCGAAGAGAAGGCCAACAUCGUCAUGGUCCUGGAGAUCGUGUCCGGGGGCGAGCUGUUCGAGCGCAUCAUUGAUGAGGACUUUGAGCUGACGGAGCGGGAGUGCAUCAAGUACAUGAAGCAGAUCUCAGAGGGGGUGGAGUACAUCCACAAGCAGGGCAUCGUCCACCUGGACCUCAAGCCUGAGAACAUCAUGUGUGUCAACAAGACAGGCACCAGGAUCAAGCUCAUCGACUUCGGUCUGGCCAGGAGGUUGGAGAAUGCGGGGUCUCUGAAGGUCCUCUUUGGCACCCCGGAGUUCGUCGCACCUGAAGUGAUCAACUAUGAGCCCAUUGGCUACGCCACGGACAUGUGGAGCAUCGGGGUCAUCUGCUACAUCCUGGUCAGUGGACUGUCCCCCUUCAUGGGUGACAAUGACAACGAAACCUUAGCCAACGUUACCUCAGCCACCUGGGACUUUGACGACGAGGCCUUCGACGAGAUCUCUGAUGAUGCCAAGGAUUUUAUCAGCAACUUACUGAAGAAGGAUAUGAAAAACCGUUUGAACUGCACCCAGUGCCUUCAGCAUCCAUGGCUAAUGAAAGACACCAAGAACAUGGAGGCCAAGAAACUCUCCAAGGAUCGGAUGAAGAAGUACAUGGCAAGAAGGAAAUGGCAGAAAACGGGCAAUGCUGUGAGAGCCAUCGGAAGACUGUCCUCUAUGGCAAUGAUCUCAGGGCUCAGUGGCAGGAAAUCCUCAACAGGGUCACCAACCAGCCCGCUCAAUGCAGAAAAACUAGAAUCUGAAGAAGAUGUCUCCCAAGCUUUCCUGGAGGCUGUUGCUGAGGAGAAGCCCCAUGUAAAACCCUACUUUUCUAAGACCAUUCGUGAUUUAGAAGUUGUGGAGGGAAGUGCUGCUAGAUUUGACUGCAAGAUUGAAGGAUACCCGGACCCUGAAGUCGUCUGGUUCAAAGAUGACCAAUCAAUCCGGGAGUCCCGCCACUUCCAGAUAGACUACGACGAGGAUGGGAACUGCUCUUUAAUCAUUAGUGAUGUUUGCGGGGAUGAUGAUGCCAAGUACACCUGCAAGGCUGUCAACAGUCUUGGAGAAGCCACCUGCACUGCAGAGCUCAUUGUGGAAACCAUGGAGGAAGGAGAAGGAGAAGGGGGAGAAGAGGAGGAGGAAGAGUGA